UCCCUACCUAGUACCUACAUCAAUCCAAUGACGCAUACGGUGAAGAAGCAUCCGAUAUCAAUCCUUUUUUUUCUCUUCCCAUCAUGACAAAUGAUCGAGUGUAUCGAUGGUGAAGAGAGACCGCGAAUCUUCACAUCUUGUUCUCUUCAUUGAAGGACGACUUCAUUAACUUAUUACUAUCCGUAAACUAUUUGCUAUCCUUAAUCAAAUCCAAGGUUUGUUUUCCGUAUCUUAAUUAAUUCACUUCACCCAGUGCCGUAGUCGCCUCUCAUCAUUACCUACGGUACCUGCCUACCUAGGUAGUAGUGUUCACCUUCGACCUCCCUCUUCAACCCUUCUACCUGCCCACAAAUUAUUAAUAUACACGUUCCCUUUCAUACUGUACGGGUUUCCUUUUACAACAAUCUUCCAUUUCUCCAGAAUCAAUCAACAUCCACUAGGUUGAUGAAUGACCAACAUGAGUUCAUCUACCGAGCCUCACAAUCGUCGUGAUAAUUCAACUCAUAUCAAAUCGGAGAGCAUGUCUCCACCUCAUCACAAUGUUAGACUUCACCGAGAACACACUGAUACUAUCCAAGAAGCUGCGGCCGUUGUUGCCGACGAGGCACUCCUCAGCGAUAACGAUGUAGAUACAAAAGACUACAGUCUUGGAUCGGAGAGAUUGACUGGCCAGCAGCAACCUCAAGAUGAAGCCAGUGCUCUAGCCGGUUUGACUGAAACGGUUCGCAAUCAGGAUGACCUCGAACGAGACAUUACGAACCAAGCCAAUCUGGUAAUGAUCGAGCAAGAAGAUCAGCGGGACCAGAAGCGCAUUGAAAAGGUUCGGAAUGGUAUCGAGAAACUCGAGACUCAGAAACAUGCCCAAGAACGCCGUCUCAAUAAUCUCUCGAACAACCCAUUGAUGCGCCAAAGGUGCAUGGAUGAGAUCUCGAAGAUUGAAGCCGACAUUUUUGCUUUCAAGAAUGACAUUACCGACAUACAAAAGCGAAUCGAUGAAAGGCAUCAGCACAAUGAUAACCAUGCCGAAGCUGACGCUGCUGGUGGAAGCAGACGAAUGCCUAAUGAAAGCCAAAGAGAAUUCCUGAUUCGCACAGGAAAAAUUACCCCAUUUCAACAAACUUCAGAUGCAGCUACCGAUCAUGUUCAAUCGGCACUUACUGAUGCGCUAAGGGAUGCGGAAGAGAAGGAUGACAACGAAUCAGGAAAUGUUCAAGCGGAGCCUAGAUCACAUCAGAAUCUUCGUCUACCAGGGUUCGCAGAUGUCGCAGAUACUAAAUUGAGUACAACUGAGAGUGAAUUUGGUCUUCGUCCUCGAAAGAAGAGAAGGCUCGCCAAUAGCUCCUUUGCAGAUGUAUCUCCCGCUCGUUCACCUCCAGCAGAUGAUGAUGCUUUUAGCCCUGAAGAUCUAGCCGAUGAAGACGAGGAAUUGGAUGAUGAAGAUGACGAAGAUGAUGCCUUGAUGACAGCUCGUACUGCGACUAAGAAGAGGUCUAAGCCGGGCAAAGCUCGAACAGACGAGGCACAGAGCUUGGUCGGGAUUGAUGAUGGAAACGAGAAUAUGUAUCAAGCACGCCUUGCAAAAUGGGUGGAGAAACGAAGCGCUGCACGACGACAGCAUCUAGAAAAUAAUCCUCAAAAUGAGGAGGAUGCAGCUGCAGAAAAUUCCCUGGAAAAGGAAUGGUUCAAGCCAUGCCCAGGACAACCUGAUCAUGAGUUUGAAAACGGUCUAAAAUUGCCUGGUGAUAUCUUCCCUGCGCUCUUUGACUAUCAAAAGACUGGUGUUCAAUGGUUGUCGGAACUUUACAAUCAACAAGUUGGAGGUAUCAUUGGAGACGAGAUGGGUCUUGGCAAGACCAUCCAGAUGAUAUCCUUCUUAGCCGGUUUACAUUACAGUAAAAAGCUUACAAAGCCUGUUAUUGUAGUUGCUCCUGCAACUGUCCUUCGACAAUGGGUUAAUGAGUUUCAUCGAUGGUGGCCGGCCUUGAGAGUUUCGAUUUUGCAUAGUUCUGGUACCGGCAUGCUCAACGUUGGAAAUGAAGGCAGACUGGAAGACGAAGAGGAUGAGAUUCUUUAUGGUCAAACAACCAAGAAAGCUCCAAAGUCGCAAAAGCUUGCUCAGAAAAUUGUCGAUCGUGUUGUCAAGCAUGGCCAUGUCUUGGUCACCACAUAUGCUGGACUUCAGACCUAUAGUGAUACCCUCAUCAAUGUUGACUGGGAUUACGCUGUACUGGAUGAGGGACAUAAGAUUCGAAACCCUAACACUGCUGUCACUAUCUACUGCAAAGAACUACGUACACCCAAUCGUGUGAUUCUCUCGGGUACUCCCAUGCAGAAUGGGUUAAUAGAGCUGUGGUCACUGUUUGAUUUCGUCUUUCCUAUGCGUUUAGGUACUUUGGUCAAUUUUCGACAAUCAUUCGAAGUUCCUAUCAAAAUCGGAGGUUACGCGAAUGCCACCAAUCUACAAGUCCUCACGGCUACUAAAUGUGCUGAAACUUUGAAAGAUGCGAUCAGUCCAUAUUUACUUCAACGAUUAAAGGUUGAUGUUGCGGCAGAUCUGCCAAAGAAGAGUGAGCAGGUCUUGUUCUGCAAGCUUACGCGACCUCAAAGAGAUGCAUAUGAAAUGUUCCUUGCAUCUGAUGACAUGAAAUCAAUUCUAAAUCGCAGUCGUCAAUCGCUUUAUGGCAUUGACAUACUGCGCAAGAUCUGCAAUCAUCCAGAUCUUUUAGAUAAACGAUUGAAAACCAAGCCCGAUUACAAGUGGGGCAAUGGAAAUAAAUCAGGGAAAAUGCAAGUUGUAAAGGCACUCUUGCAAAUGUGGAAGGGCUAUGGACACAAGACUCUACUCUUCAGUCAAGGUGUUCAGAUGCUUGAUAUUCUUGAGGAGUUCGUCAAGAAACUUGGUGGAUUCAACUAUCUUCGUAUGGAUGGUGGUACAGCAGUCAAGGAUAGACAAACUCUCGUCGAUCAGUUCAACAAUGAUCCUGACAUGCAUGUAUUCCUCCUCACCACCAAAGUUGGAGGUCUCGGGGUUAAUCUCACUGGUGCAAACCGGGUAAUCAUAUUUGAUCCUGAUUGGAAUCCAUCCACCGACGUACAAGCUCGAGAACGUGCAUGGCGUCUUGGUCAAAAGAAGGAGGUCACCAUUUACCGUCUUAUGACUGCUGGUACUAUAGAAGAGAAGAUCUAUCAUCGACAAAUUUUCAAGCAGUUUCUUACAAACAAAAUUCUCAAGGAUCCGAAGCAGCGACAAACAUUUGCUAUGAAGGACCUAUAUGACCUAUUUACUCUUGGUGACCAAGAUGGUGGGACCACAGAGACUGGUGAAAUGUUCAAAGGUACAGAGGUGCAAUUCAACAAGACUUCCAGUCCUUCGUCAUCUCGUAGUUUGUCUGCCGACCCUGGUCAAGGUGAUUCAGAAUCCGAUCUUCGUAAUCUCGCUGGUGUUGCUGAACUCGAGCAAUUCAAUGAUCCUUCUGAGGAGAAAGAUAAAGAUAACAACGAAGAGUCUAGAUUAAUGGAAGGCAUCUUUGCUCGUUCUGGAGUCCAUAGUGCUCUUGAACACGAUCAAAUCAUUAAUGGGAAGAUGAAGGUCGCGGCAGACCGUGGCAUGAUUGAGCGUGAAGCUAAGAGAAUUGCUGCUGAAUCUGCUACAGCACUGAGACGUGCUGGAGAAGCAGCAAGAAGCAUUGCACCUGGAACUGUCACUUGGACUGGAGAAUAUGGAUCCGCCGGCAGACCGACUAAUGUUAGACGAGGUGCAGGUCCAAGUUCAUCAAGUGUUUUAUCAAGUCUUUCAAACAGACAAGGUAUCACGCAGCCUUCUAGCUCGAGUAGCUCACGCGCUGAAACUCCAAAUCGUCCAGCUGGGCGUCAACGUCAUGAUUUUGCUAAGAUGAUUGUUGAUUUCAUCAAGAGAAUGGGCGGUUCAGUUCCAAGUCAGGCCGUAGUCAACCAUUUUAAUCGAUAUUGUACUUCUGAUCGAGUGACGGCUGAAUUCAAGCAUACUCUAACAGAAGUUGCAAUAUGUGAACAUGGCACGAAUAGUAGGAUGAGGGCUAAGUGGGUUCUGAAAGAUGAAUUCAAAUAGUUGAUACGAUUGAGCAUUUCAUUAGAUGUUAUCGAGGCGUUCAGGAAAGGGUGGGAAUAUAUAUGGAGGUGUAGUAGAUGGGAAUGGGUGGUAGAUUUAACAAAUUUUUGUACCAUAGCAUCUAUAUGCAUGCAUUGGCGAAGGGCGUUGGAAGAUAUCCUUUAGUGCUUCGGUUAGGACCGCCCGGUGGAGUCGGUGCAAUAGUCGGAUACAUAGGAUUGUCAUCAUAGAUGAAUCAAGAAUACAACAAUUACUUGAAUCAGGCUUCUUGCCUCAAUGUUGAUAUUGGAGUUCUCUUCUCUUGGGCAAACGGGAUUUAUUCACAUGUCAAUCUCAUCUUUGAUGAAGCUCCAAAUAUCAAGUGGGUAGACUUUCGCAUUGAUGAUAUCCAUUUUUCUAAAUCACUCCUUUUUUGGUACGCAGAUCCAUUCCUUCAUCCAUCCAUCCAUCCAUAUCUUUUGCCACCUCGCUUCUCUAAUUCGUGAAAUAACAUAGUCGAAAUCAAGCCAAACAUCAGAACUAGAAUGAAACUGAAGACAAAUCAAAUCAAAAUCAAAAUCAAAUCAAAACUGUCCGUCCCCCUACUAUCCCCGCCAAAGAAAAAGAGGAAGAAAGAAAGAAAGAGAGAGAGAGAGAGAGAGAGAAAGAAAGAGAGAGAGAAAAAGAAAGAAAUAAAGAAAGAAAG